GCGAGAGCACACGCAUAUCGCACGGAUAAAGGGAAACGACACCCACAGACUACGUGACGUCGCACAUGAUGAGAGUGUAGUCCUAAAGAUGGCGGCAUGUCAUCAGUGCCGUGCUGUGCUGUGUAAAGUCUAAACACCUGAAGACUUGAAGAAUACCAUCCACAAAACAGCAGCCAAGCCUGAUUAGAUUAGACCACAAGUUACCAUUAACAAGUCAAGUCUGCAUAGAUGUAGCACUCUACAAGCAACCUUUUCAAGCCAGUCCAAACAAGCACAACAGCCUACAAGUCCUAGCAUUCACUAGGGUAGACAGAAACUACUGCAACUCCUACGUCAAUUGUGAAAAGAGGCUGGCAGGUCGUUACCGGCACACCAAAGCACGGCACAAGAAACUGAGUGACAUCUGAGGACCAAUUUUACCCCACUACAAGCCAGUUUUUAUCACCGCCAAGCCUCGUCAAAGUCUUCUCACACAUCCUGGCACAAACAAACAAAUAUAAAAAAACAAAACAAACAAAAAAUAAAAACAAAAAUAACAAAAACAAAAAAAAGACGUGCAUUUCCAAAAGCCGCCCCCCCUUUUCCCUCCUCCCCUCGUCUUUUUAAAAACCGAGCAUUCUGUAAUCCAGUCUCGUCGCAAGAAUCUGUGUUAAGUAGAAUCUUUGUUGACCAAAGCCUCAGUGUAUUAGAUGUAUCGUUUAGCCCUUGUGUCCUUUGGAUUUCAGGCAAAUUAGAAUAUUUUUCUUUUAUUUUUUCUUUCUUUUCUUUUCUUUUCUUUUUUUCCUGUCUAGUGAAUGUUUAAAUUUCUUUUGAGACACAAAAUUAUCUUCUGAAGAAACUGAAAAGUCUCAAAUAUUUAUUCUUGCUCUAUAUUUUUAUUGAAAUUAUAAGACUAAUAUUUGUUGACAAAGGUCUAAGUGUCUCAUACGUUUCUUGUGUUAACUCUCUGUAAACAUUGUUCCUAUAUAUAACAAGUGUGAAAAAAGAAGAAGAGAAUUUUAAGCGAAACUAAGAACUCCCAAGCGAUCAAGUAGUACCAACGCCAGCCAACCAUGGAUCCUCAGUGGACUUUAUUCCAGCCGCCAAUCUCAGAACCAGCAGUACUGGACUACAAUGGGGGAACCCUGCACCACCACAAUCGAUACAACGGCUUCUAUGAGUCUCCCAGCUCUGGUCACCAUCAGUCCCGCAACUCCCACAGUAGCAUCCCCCCUCCCUCCCCCACCUUCAGCUCCUCCAGCUCUCACCACAACAUGUUCUCGUCCCACAUGAACAACCAGAGCAACCAGCAGCCCACCCAGUCCAACCACCAGACCAGCCACCAAACCAGCCACCAGACCAGCCACCAGACCAACCACCAGACCAGCCACCAGACCAGCCACCAGACCAGCCACCAGACCAGCCACCACUCGCAAUCGCACUCGCAGCAGCCACAGACGUCGUCUCAGGGUCCCCCGCGAUCGCCGCAGCUCUCCAGCUCUUCGUCCAACUAUUACAGCUCCAACUCCAGCUCCCAGUACACCCCUCCAGUGGCAGACUUUAAGAUUGGCACCUUCACCCUUAACGCCAAUGGCUUUCCCUCGGAGUCCAAUGGCUCUGAGACAACAAAUUCUUACUCCCACACCAAUGGCCUCUCCAGCAACAACAGCCAGAGCGUGCGGGAAACAGGAAUUAUCGAGAAGCUUCUGCAAACCUAUGGCUUCAUACAGUGCUGUGAGAGACAGGCAAGACUCUUUUUCCACUUCUCGCAGUUCGAUGGUAAUACCGAGCACCUUCGUAUUGGUGAUCCUGUUGAGUUUGAAGUGACCUUUGACCGUCGCACUGGCAAACCUAUUGCCUCAGCAGUUACCAAGAUAUCCCCAGAAGUGGUAUUGAGUGAGGAGAGGGUGAUUGGUAUCGUGACAACAGAACUGCGCAGUGAGUCAGGUGGUGAGCACCAGGGCCGAAUCACCUAUGAGAAUAGGGGCGAGUGCUUCUUCCUCCCCUAUGGCAAGGAGGAUGUGGAGGGCUAUGUGACUCUUAAGCCUGGCGACAAAGUCAGUUUUCAGAUCGCUACCAAUCAAAGCAGGACAGGCAACUUAGCGGCGAGGCAUGUACGCCUAGAGAAUCCAGCUCAGCCUGUGAAGUACCAAGGGGUUGUGAGUGGCAUCAAGGACUCGUACGGGUUCAUCGAGAGAGCAGAUGUUGUUGAUGAGAUCUUCUUCCACUUUUCGGAGGCCAAGGGCAUCACUGGAGGCCUAAAACUAGGGGAUGAUGUUGAAUUCUACAUUCAGACCCGUAAUGGCAAAGAAGUUGCAGCCAACAUGGUGAAGCUGAACCCGGGGACUGUUGUGUUUGAAGACAUCAAUCAGGAGAUGAUCAAAGGUCAAGUACUCAAGCCCAUUGAGAAGAACUCCCGCCUCUACCAGAAGGACCCCCUGGAUGGACGCAUCCGUUAUAGGGGCAAAGACCGCUCAGAGGUGGAGGUGAAAUUUGGAGAGCGUGACCAGAAGGGUGACUUCACCUUGCGCCACGGAGACUGGGUCCAGUUCAACAUUGCAACGGAUAGGAGGGAUCACCUGCAGAAGGCCACAAAUAUCUCUCUGCUUGAUGAAAGCUUCAAGGUGUCUGGUGAGAAGCGUGAACAGGGAGUGAUCGUUGCUCUGAAAGAAGGCUUCGGCUUCAUCAAGUGUGCUGAUCGGGAUGCUCGCAUGUUUUUCCAUUACAACGAACUCUUAGACCCAGAGCAUGAGAUCGCCAUCAAUGAUGAAGUGGAAUUUACCGUAGCUCAGGAUACAACAAAUCAGUCACCGAAUCGCCAAAGUGCCAUUCGCAUCCAGAGUCUGAAGAAAGGCACUGUCAAGUUUGAGGUGUUGGUGAAAGAAGGACUCCAAGGACAAGUAAGUGUUACAGUGGAAGCUCCAGGUAGCCCCAGGAGCCCCCACAAGAAUAGCCAGAUGUUAACCACUGAAAAAAUGCAGGAACCUGGAGUCAUCUCAUACACUUUAGAUGGAGUGAAGCAGACUAUAAACUACUAUGCUAAUAACUGUGAUAAACCUUUGCAAAGUGGAGAUAAGGUGGAAUUCAGCAUAUAUCAGGUAAAGCGAACCAAGGAGCUUGUGGCAAUGGGGAUCCGACUGGUGCGAGGCCAAGCAUCAUCAGUUCGCCCAGCAGCCAAUAACCUCACCUCUGCUGCCGCCACUGGACUGUCUUUGCGCCCUAGCCAAACCAGUGCCCCAAGCACACCAAGUAAUGGAAACGUCACCAGCAACAGCAGUACUAACAUGAACGGCAAGGGCAACACUCCAGGCCCUCGUCCCUCUGCCACGCUACACCAGGGCUUCGUAGCUGCUCUUAAGGACACCUUUGGUUUUAUUGAGACCAUAUCUCAUGACAAGGAGAUCUUCUUCCACUUCAGUAAUGUUGAAGGUGAUGCUAACAACCUUGAGCUUGGGCAAGAAGUGGAAUAUACCUUGUCAUCCCGCACUGGCCCCGGAGGCAAAGUGUCUGCGGAAAAUGUGCGAACACUUGCCAAGGGAACUCUACAAAUGCCAAAAAUUCUGGGUGACAUAUUUGAAGGAACUGUUCUGCGAUCAAUGCGGUCCAUCAACCCAGACCAAGAAGAGUACUCGGGCCUUGUGUGUGUUGGCAACGAAGAUGAAGGCUUAGAGCAGUAUGAGUUUGGGAUAACAGGUGUUGUCAACAAGCGUGAAUUACUUCAGCCUGCGGACCAGGUAACCUUCCAGCUAGAUGAGUCGAGGAGAGCUGUCAGCAUCAAGGCCAUUCGCAAGAAGCUCAUCGCGACGGUUGAUGCUGUCAAGGGACAAUAUGGUUUCCUGAACCAUGAGACCGAAGAGGGGAAGAAGCUGUUCUUCCACCAGUCGGAAGUGAAAGAUGGAACCAUACUCAGUCCUGGGGAUGAGGUGGAGUUUGUCAUCAUCACCAACCAGAAGACGGGCAAGUCAUCUGCUUGCAGCAUCUCGCGAAUCAUGUCAAAGACCGCCCCAACUCAGAGGCCUGACCGCCUGAUCAGCCGGCUGAAGAAUCUGAACUGUGACACGAGCAAGCCACGCAUGACUGUCCUCCGACAGCCCAAAGGCCCGGAUGGCACUAAAGGUUUCAAGCUGCAGCGCACAAUGCCAGAGUCACAGGACCAGGUUGUCCCCUAGCAUGUUGCUUCCCAGAAGGAAUUGGAGUCAGUUGUCAGUUUUACUUGCCUGUUGUUGAACCCUUUUUAUCACUAAGAUACAAACGUCAGAUUCGUGUUUUUAAAAUUGUACUACAUGCUGUUGAUACUAUUUUUGAUCAAUUCAAUUGCAUUCCAUUCGCGGCUCCUGAAGAUGGAGAGAGAACGUUUAAUUGGUGUUGAGGUUAGUCCAGUGGAAAGAACUAUCGAGUCAGAUCAACACCUGAGCUGAAUUUACUCCUGAUAUAUGGAAAAUAAAAUAUAAUAGAGAAUAAGAAAAA